ACUGUUAAAGUUCUGUUCUUAGGCUAGAGAAGCUCGUCUUCGGCGUGAGCGCGGCGAGGACGAAUUUAACGAGGAUUGGAGGCUGUAUGACGAGGCUAUGGAUACGGACGACGAAGAUUUAGAUAUGAGAGUUGCAAAGAUGUCUGACAGCCUGAGACGGAAAUACUCAAUUCCAAACCUGAACAGACGAGCCCGGAGCGAGUCUCCAUAUGCAAAGUGUUCCACCAUACAUCCAGAGGAAUUUAUUUCCUUUCAGAGGAAAAGAUCCACGUCCUGUGGCUUCAACUCCGAUAGCUCUGAUAUCUCUCCGACCGCCGGAGGCCGGAAGUACUAUAAUAAAGAUUCUGUUGAGUUUGCGGAGAAGGUUGGAAACAUUCCCAAACCAAGGAUGGUUAAUCAAGAGGUUAACACGGACCCUGAGCAUGAAUCUAAACCUAAACUUGAGAUGAAAGAGAGAAGCAGUAACACGGAUCCUGCUCCUAAAUCACCUCCCACACCUAGAAAAGUCCAUCAUGGUACAAACACACUUAAGAUAAGAUCAAUACCAAAAGCAACGUCAACGGAGAUGAAAAUGGGUGAGAUGAUAUCAAAAGAUGAGAUGGAGUUAAAGAUUAAAGAAGUGAUGUUCAAAACUGAGGAAGAGAUUAUGAGUUGUCCGUUGCUUCAAAAAGCUCUACAAAAAGUGGAAGAAGAAGCAGUAAAUGGUCCCCCGCCCAGCAAGGAUAUAUCAGAAAAGGCUUGUCAAGUCGGGAUGGAAAACCUAAGACCGUUCGUAAUUGAUGUUGGAUUACAGUGCAAGCUGGGCAAUGAUUAUAGGGCAGUAGACAAGGUUGAUUCUUGGUGUCAAAUUACUCCCAAACCAGUUGAAAGUUAUGAUGUUGCUUGUGGAUUUUCAGAGGUUGAGAGGAUGGGUCUUUUGAGAACAAUUGGCGUUGGAGAUUUCCAGAUAAUAGAGGAUCCAAAAGAGCCUUCUAAGUAUAGAACAGUGGGCGUAUGCACUGAGAAAUGGGUUGAGAUCAUCCGAGCUUCUAAACAGACAGACACUGAAGAUUUUGCAUUUAAAGACACUGAGUCACCUAGAGUGGCAGAUAUGGUGUUUGAACCUGUAGAAUUGCCGGAACGGGUGAACCAGCGUUUGUCAAGCCUGACUGCUCCAUGUCUAAGAAAAUCUUCAUCCCCCAGCGUGUCCCGAAGGUCAUCAACUAACUCUGAUAGAGGAGGAUCAAGGAAACCUUCGGCUCUCACAACCCCGCCCAAGAUUGAGCUGAAAACAAAGGGUACAAUGACAGAUGCUCAACCAAAAUCAAAAACGAAAGAUGUCAAGGUUGGAGAUUCCUUGCUCACAAAAUCUGUGUCAACAUCAGCAAUGAUAUUGCCUCUGGUGAAAAACGCCCUCCAUCUACCACCUGGAAGUCCUAUUUCCACACCAGACCUAGAAAAUCCAGCUGUGUCCUUAAAUCUUUGUGAUAAAUGUGAGAAGGACAUUCAUAAUGUUGCUGAAGGGAUAAUAUCAGGACCAGCUCCAACAACUCCAAGCAUAGCCCCUCCAUCUUCUGAUAUGCCCUGGCUCUCCAAGAUUCCCCGACCUAUUGAGGAUUCAGAAGCUAAGAAAGUGAAAGCCGCCAGCUCUACAUCAAACCUUUCUGUAAUGAACAGAUCGUUGAGCCCUGGCAUGCAAAGGUCUAAAUCAAACCUGGAACCAGUCUACAUGCAACGAUCUAAAUCCAAUCUUGAGCCCAGUAACAGAAAAUUAGUCUCCAUAUCAGGAACUAGCACACCGCCACCUGUUCGUAGAAAUAUGGGAACCCCUCCACCUCAUCCUAAUCUUCAAUCAGGGGGGAGCAAACGAGCUCCAUCCCCUUUAACAAGGUCAUCAACUCCAAACCUGAAUUCAAGCUCGGAGAAGAAGAGUCUAAUCCCCAAAUUUUCUCCCUCUUUGAGUAAAAAGAUGAUAGAAUCUUCAGAAAAAUCUUCUAUUCCUUCAUCUCCCACUACAGAAGUACGGUCAUUUAUUCCUCGUGUUGUAACCCCUCCUGCACUAAGGAAGAUGUUUCCUACCUGCAAAUCUGAUAAACUUUCUAACCCUGACAGAGAUGUGAUAAGGAAGAAAACUAUUGACAAAUCUAACACAGGGGUUGGAAAUAUGGAGUUAGAUAAGGGUGCUGAGAAAUCCUCAAGACCCUUCAACCGUCAGAUGACAAGAUCAAUUGAUGAGGUGCUAUUUGAAGAUUCAGGAGAAGAAACAGAAACUAUUGAUGAUACUCCAGAAAAGAAACUAUCCGACUCCUUUCCCCUCCCUGGUUCAGCUCUUUUUGCACCAAUAGAUGAAAACAGGAAAAAGGCAGAACCCUCCAAGGAAAUGAUGUCAGCCUUGAAAGUUCUACACGAUUCUAUAUCACGAGGGGCAUCCAGGUCAAACGCCCAGGUCACCAACGCUGUCAAUAUCAUUCAACAAGAGUGGUUUAAAUCUUCCUCUACUAAAACAUCUAAUCCUCUAGAUGUAGAUGAUUAUCUUGAUACUAUUGAAGAUAUGUCCAAGGAACUGCUGGACAGAGUUGUGAAUCUUGUAGAUGUAAAUGGAAACACUGCCCUCCACUAUUCUGUUUCACAUGGAAACUUUGAUGUAGUUUCUGUUCUUCUUGAUUCUAAGGUUGCAAACCCUAACAUAUUAAACAAGGCUGGAUACACUUGCUGUAUGCUUAUAUCCCUUGCAACAAUCAGCAGUGAAACUCACCGAGCUGUUGUUCGUCGGCUCUUCUUGUUAGCUGAUGUCAACAUGCGAGCUAGCCAACAUGGGCAAACAGCAAUGAUGCUAGCGGUAAGUCAUGGACGUUUGGACAUGGUUACUCUUCUACAAGAAGCCGGAGCAGAUAUUAACAUAAGAGAUGAAGAUGGUAGUACAGCACUUAUGUGCGCUGCAGAGCAUGGUCAUGUUGACAUAGUCAAACUCUUCCUUCAGCAUCCAGAUAUAAACCUCAGCGCGACAGAUAAUGAUGGGCUAACCGCUUUGUCCGUUGCUAUGGAAGCAGGCCACCGGGACAUAGGUGUCUUGUUGUACGCCAAUAUGUCCUUUUCCAGGGGAACCAGCCCACAUUCAUCAUUGAGGAUGAAAAGAACACCCUCCAGGAACUCUACAGCAACCCCUGGAUCUUUAUCCGGGAUAACUUCAUCAUCUCCCAUCCCUCCCACUCCACCAAUCCGCUCACGUAGAAAUUCAUCCAAUUGAUCAUUCUUGCACUCAACACUAUACAGUGCGUUUUAGUGAAAAUCUAAAAUUAAUAUUUUAGAGAAUUGUUAUUAAUGAGAUUUUGUUUUAGUCCUGAAUGUGCACGUUUACUAAUAUACAAAAAUAUGCACUAUGAUAAUAUUAAUCAAUGGGAAAUUCAUCAAUUCUAAAAAUAUUUUAUAAGAAAUAAAAAAGUGAUGAAAAAGUUAAGAAAUGCUGAUACACUGUAACUAACAAAAUGCACACCUGCGUUUAAAAAGCUUUGUUUAAAUCGUAAAAAAUAAAAUCUUUAUGAAUGUAUUCAAUAAAUGAUUAACAAACUUU